AUGUCUGAUAUUCGUAUUCCUAUUGUAAUUCAAAUCGAAGGUAUGAAUCGUAAUGAUGGUAUUAAAGUAUUAGAAAAUUCAAUCGAUGAUAGUAUUAAUCCUAUUACAAUUCAAAACAAUAAUGUUAAUCAUAAUGAUGGUAUUGAAGUAUUUGAAAAUUUAAUCGAUGAUAUUGUUUAUCCUAUUGUCGUUCAAAACGACAAUAUCAAUGACUCUGGCAAGCAAUGCUCGUCGACUCAAAGAAAAUUUUCAUCAACAUGUACACAAAUUAAUCGUCCAUCCUGCACUAAAGUGUUUCUACCAGGUAUUAAUUUCAUCACGGAUUCUGAAUUACCAUUUUGUUGA